AUGACGGACACCGUAUUCAGCAACAGCUCUAGCCGUUGGAUGUGUCCCAGUGACCGACCUCUUCAGUCAAAUGAUAAAGAACAGCUCCAGGCAGGCUGGUCCGUCCAUCCCAGCAGUCAGCCCGACAGACAGAGGAAGCAGGAAGAGCUGACAGAUGAGGAGAAGGAAAUCAUCAACAGAGUGAUCGCUCGAGCUGAGAAGAUGGAAGAGAUGGAACAGGAGCGAAUCGGGCGCCUGGUGGACCGUCUGGAGAACAUGAGGAAGAACGUGGCCGGGGACGGGGUGAACCGCUGCAUCCUGUGUGGAGAACAACUGGGGAUGCUGGGCUCCACCUGUGUGGUGUGUGAGGACUGUAAGAAGAAUGUCUGCAUCAAGUGUGGGGUGGAAACCUCCAGUAACCGCCCGCAUCCCGUGUGGCUCUGCAAAAUCUGCAUUGAGCAGAGAGAGGUGUGGAAGCGUUCCGGAGCAUGGUUCUUCAAGGGCUUCCCCAAACAGGUCCUCCCACAGCCUAUGCCUAUAAGGAAGACCAAGCCCCAGGAGCCUGUCAGUGAGCCUGCUGCCUCUGAGCAGGUCGCCCCUGAGCCCAAGCAUGCUGCCCGGGCUCCAACCCGAGGUGACACUGAAGACAGGAGGGGCCCAGGUCAGAAGACAGGUCCUGAACCGGCCUCUGCUCCCGGGCAAGGAAGCUAUGGGCCUCCCGUGCGCAGGGCCUCUGAGGCACGCAUGAGCUCAUCCAGCCGGGACUCAGAGAGCUGGGACCACGGCCACAGUGGGGCUGCCAGUGACUCCAGCAGGAGCCCAGCAGGUUUGCGACGGGCCAACUCCGUGCAGGCCUCCAGACCCGCUCCCGCCUCCGUGCAGAGCCCAGCGCCGCCUCAGCCUGGGCAGCCAGGGCCUCCCGGAGGCAGCAAACCCAGCCCUGGGCCCGCAGGACGCUUUCCAGAUCAGAGACCAGAGGUGGCCCCCGGCGACUCUGGCUAUGCUGGGGCCACGGCCCCGCCGCGGGAGGAGAGAACGGGGGGAUUUGGGGGCUACUCAGCAGCUGGAGCCAGGGAGGACCGAGCGGGCCCCCCUCUGGGCCCAUAUUCCCAAGCGUCUGCUGCUGCCCCCCAGCCUGCCGCGGCCCCUGCCCGCCAGCCCCCACCCCCGGAGGAGGAGGAGGAAGAAGCCAACAGCUACGAUUCGGAUGAAGCAACCACCCUGGGUGCCCUGGAGUUCAGCCUUCUCUACGACCAGGACAACAGCUCCCUGCACUGCACCAUGAUAAAAGCCAAGGGACUGAAGCCCAUGGAUUCCAACGGCUUGGCUGAUCCCUACGUUAAGCUGCAUCUCCUGCCGGGAGCCAGCAAGUCCAACAAGCUUCGUACAAAAACUCUGCGGAACACCCGGAACCCCGUCUGGAAUGAGACCCUUGUCUAUCAUGGCAUCACAGACGAGGACAUGCAGAGGAAGACCCUCAGGAUCUCUGUCUGUGAUGAGGACAAAUUUGGCCAUAACGAGUUUAUCGGUGAGACCAGAUUUUCACUCAAGAAACUGAAGCCCAACCAGAAAAAGAACUUCAAUAUCUGUCUGGAGCGGGUGAUCCCGAUGAAGCGUGCCGGGACCACUGGGUCAGCCCGAGGCAUGGCCCUUUAUGAGGAGGAGCAGGUGGAACGUAUUGGUGACAUAGAGGAACGUGGCAAGAUCUUGGUGUCCCUCAUGUACAGCACACAGCAGGGAGGCCUUAUCGUGGGCAUCAUACGCUGCGUGCACCUGGCCGCCAUGGACGCCAACGGCUACUCAGAUCCAUUCGUCAAGCUCUGGCUGAAACCAGACAUGGGAAAGAAAGCCAAACACAAGACUCAAAUAAAGAAGAAAACCUUGAAUCCUGAGUUUAAUGAGGAGUUUUUCUAUGACAUCAAACAUGGUGACCUGGCAAAGAAGUCCCUGGACAUCUCGGUCUGGGACUAUGACAUCGGCAAGUCCAACGAUUAUAUCGGAGGCUGCCAGCUGGGGAUCUCAGCCAAGGGAGAACGCUUAAAACACUGGUACGAAUGUCUGAAAAACAAGGACAAGAAGAUUGAGCGCUGGCACCAGCUACAGAACGAGAACCACGUGUCAAGCGAUUAGGGUGGGCCCCCAGUUAAGUAAACACACUGCUCCAUCCCUGGCGCUCUUCGACUCUCUGCUUCUCUGAUCUCCGGAGUCCUGUCUCUCACUCAGAACCACCUUGAAUCUCUCUGUCCGUGGCUCUGUCUCAGUCUAUCUCUUGCACCCUUUUCACCAAGUUUGUCGGGAGAAUAAAAUACCAUCAUGAAUGUGAAGCUUCAGAGAGUGACAGAUCCUGAUGCCAAAGACAGUUGUUCCAUCAUGAGUCUCCGGUCUUUCUUCCUAAAAAAUUAAAAAAUAAUAAUAAAAAGGAGGAAGAGGCGAUGAGAAUGAACAUUAUAAAUGCGAGGCUGGGGUCAGGGCAUCGUCACUGCCCCAUGAGAAAGGCUUGUUUUCUCCCGGUUUCCAGUGUCUUCCCCCGUGAAAAAUCCUCUCCUUCUGUCUGACAGCCUGUCGUCUAUAGAUGUCAUCAGAUGGACACUCCAACUCUCACUUUCUCCAAACGCACCUUUUAACCUUUCCCAAUCAAUGCCUCCACCCUAGCUCCCUGCGCUAUUCAUCAGAAGACUCUGAUUUCUUGCCUUGAAUAACCAUCUUCUAAACAUCAAACUCGUCGCCUUCCCCAAGAUGGCCAGUGACUUCCAGGCUGCCAUCUUGCCCCCUGGCCCCGCCCCUCCAUCAGUCCCCGUGGCACCCACUCUCGGCCCACCUCCUUCUCACUGUUUGCCCCCAGGAGAAAGCAUGCUGGCUGCACGGCUCAAGCCGGACACUGGUAUUGGCGCUGGGAUCAGCAUGCAGCAAGCUCACGGUGUCCCUGGUCCGGGCGAACGCUGCCCCUGACAAAUGUAACCACCUCCCCGCCUAGAAUACACACACGCCCUCCAGUGCAUGCAGAACUGCCCACUGCCUUUCUCUGUGAUGAUGUAGCCAAAAAUAAAGUAGGAAUA